AUGAUUGUUAUCAGUUCCAUAAUUUCAUUUAUCAAUCGCAUUUCUCCACUUCCCUGCUACUGUAUAGCAAAAAGGCAUGACCUGUACCAACCUGUUCAGGUGUCAGGUCUAGCUACUCCCGGAUCGGAUGAUGCUAAGCUGGCUUCGCGUAAAGAGAAAAGAAGACAAUACAACAAGGAAUAUUACGCACGACAAAAGGCACGGAAAAAUUCAACCCAACAGCAAGCUCCUGAAGUACUGACGCACACGACUCCUCCCGUUACACUUGGUGCCAGUCCCAUGUGCACCCAACCAGUGUUACAAAGAGUGCCAUUAGGCGUUUUAUGUGACAAUGGGAAUCUCCUACCUUUAUUUGAGUCGGUCCUCACUCGGUCACCAGACAUUGGAGGCUCAUCCACGUUACUCGGUGGAUCAUCAGCAGGAAGUCCUACUCAUGCUGAGCUUAAUCGUAACACAUUAAAUGACAAUCUGGAAGAGGAUCCUUACGACUUCGUUUACAGAGGCGUCCCUACCGAGCCACGUGUUUUGAGAAGACAGGUCCCAUGUCGUCAUUGUGGAGCAAAAAGGUUUCAAUAUGAAUUUCCAUCUUUUUGUUGUAUGAGGGGGAAGACAAAGUUGGCUGUGACUAAUGUUCCAACUGAACUCUACAAUCUCUUUAUGGAUCAAUCUGAAAUAGGAAAGUCAUUCAGACACCACAUCCGUUCAUACAACACAAAUUUCUCAUUCACUUCAAUGGGUGUCAGAUUGGAUAAGACGUUGGCGAAUAUGACUGCUGGGGUUUAUACAUUUCAUGUUAACGGGGGAAUAUAUCAUACGAUUGAUCAGUUGGUACCGAGGGAUGGACAGCCCCGGUAUUUACAGAUGUAUUUUUUUUAUCCUGAAAAUGAGCUUAAUCUCAGAGCACAGUGGCCAAAUCUUGACAGAAACAUCUUUCGUAUCUUGACACGUGCCCUUACUGCAAAUCCCUAUGCAACAACCUUUCGCAACAUGGCGCAAUUAGGACCCCUAGACAACUACAGAGUUGCUGGUAUAUGGGUUGAAGGAAACGAUGAAAUCACAGCAUACAAGAGGAGCAUUGUUGUUUAUGGGAGGAUACCACGACAUGGUUAUUCCAUGGAUGACAUUCUAAACGACCAUGAUAACUUCCCAGAAGAUGAAGAUGCAGAAGGAUCAAAUACAAAUAGAGGAAAGGAAAGGAAAACAGUGUCAAUGAGGGAAUAUUACUGCUACAAGUUUCAGAUUAGGCCUACCGAGAACGUGAUUUUGUUGGGUGGAAGGUUGUACCAACAGUUUGUUGUAGACAUAUACAUAAAGAUUGAAACAUCACGUUUACAGUUCCACGAAAAUAACCAGGACAGAAUAAGGGUUGAUUUGUAUCAAGGUAUAGUGGAUUGUGUCAACGCCGGUGAAGCAAGAGCGAGUAGAAUUGGAAGAAGGGUUGUGCUCCCUGCAUCUUUCAUUGGUGGUCCGCGUGACAUGCGUCGCCGCUUUUUAGAUGCCAUGGCAUUGGUACAAGAAGAUGGUAAACCUGACAUAUUCCUUACGUUCACUUGCAACCCAAGUUGGACGGAAAUCACUGAAGAACCCUUACCUAGACAAACUGCACAAGAUCGCCCGGGAUUGGUUGCAAGAGUCUUUCGGGCAAAACUAGAGGAUCUGAAAAAACAGUUGCUCGAAAAGCAUGUUCGCGGUCAGAUAGGUGCAUAUGUUUAUGUCAUCGAGUUUCAGAAACGUGGUUUGCCUCACGCACACUUUCUUUUGAUUAUGACAUCAACACACAAGAUUACCACCCUAGACCAAUACAACAAGUUUGUAUGUGCUGAAAUCCCAGACCCCUCAAGGUAUCCCGAAAUGCAUGAACGGGUUGUUCAACACAUGCUUCACGGACCAUGUGGUCAUCUGAAUACCAAAUCCCCAUGCAUGCAGGGAGAACCAAAAGCAUGUCGUUUUCAUUAUCCUCGACAGUUUACUGAACACACUGUACAAGGAGAGGACUCAUAUCCAGUGUAUCAGAGGAGAAAAAACGGGAUCAAAGUGAAGAAGGGGAAACACGAGUACGAUAACAGAUGGGUCGUACCUUACAACCCGACGUUGCUGAUGAUGUUCAAUUGUCACAUGAACAUAGAGAUUUACUCGAGUAUAAAAUCUGUGAAGUACGUCUACAAAGGUCACGACAGACAAUCUGUUCAUAUUGAUCCUGAUCAAGAAGAAGUCAUGGUUAAUGAGAUUAAGCGGUUUCAAGAUGCACGUUACGUGGCAGUUCCAGAGGAAAUUUGGCGUAUAAAUAGCUUUCCACUUUCUAAAAUCAACCCUUGUGUCAUGGCAUUGCACCUUCAUCUCCCACGUCAGCACUAUGUUCGAUUCAGAGAAAGUGAAAGACUAUCAACUAUUCUCGAGCAAGGGAAUCAAAGAUCAAUGUUGACUGCCUUUUUUGAGCUGAAUAGAGUGUACCCGGAUGCAAGACAGUUUUUGUACAAAGAUAUCCCAAAACAUUUCACGUGGCAGCCAGGCAAAUGCCGAUGGAAGCCUCGCGAUGGUAACAAUUCAACCAUCGGAAGGGUUAUCUCAGCUAACCCAGCAGAAGGCGAACGAUACUACCUACAGCUGCUUCUUAUGCAUGUUAAAGGACCUGAAAGCUUUGAUGAUCUUUACAGGGCCAACGGUGAGCUACACUCGACGUUUAGAAAAGCAGCACUUGAAAGGGGCUUGAUUGAGAAUGAUAACUGUUUGUCCCAAUGCCUUACAGAAGCUGCUGUGUUUCAGUUCCCAAGCUCUUUGAGAAGACUCUUUGCCACUAUACUGAUAUUUUGUGACCCGGGUGAUGUCCGUAAGUUGUGGGAUGAACAUUAUGAUUCACUUGCCGAAGACUACAAUAGAAAUAUCCAAAUCCGUGAUCACGUUCAAAAUAUGGUUCUUAAAGACAUCUCGGUAUUUCUUCCGUCUAUGGGUAAGAGCCUGCAUGAUUUUGACCUUCCUCAUAUCACCACAGAUCAUAACGAAUCAGGGGGUUUUCGUGAGUUACAAGAGGAAAGUUCUAUAGUUGUUCAAGACGAACAUCUGCGCGCUAGGCAAGAACUAAACCCUGAUCAGAGGUUCGCAUACGACACCAUAAUCAGGCACGUUGAUGGUAAUAUUCCAGGAGUGUUUUUCAUAGAUGGCCCGGGCGGAACAGGGAAAACCUUUUUGUAUAAUGCUCUGUUUGCUGAGGUUCGUUCCCGUGGACAGGUUGCCAUAGCCACCGCUUCGUCCGGGGCAGCGGCAAAUAACAUGCCUGGUGGAUGGACAGCUCACUCGAGGUUUAAAAUUCCCCUCAUCCUGAAUGAUAACUCCCUUUGCAACAUCAGUAAACAAAGUGGGACUGCUCACCUACUCCGUAGUGCAAAGCUGAUCAUAUGGGAUGAAGCUUCAAUGGCAAGAAGACAAGCAAUUGAGGCACUAGAUAGAACAACGCAAGAUAUCAUAGGCGUAAGGCAACCAUUUGGUGGAAAAAUUAUGGUUAUGAGCGGUGAUUUUAGACAAGUGUUGCCGGUAAUCAAGAAAGGAACCCGCGCACAGAUUGUCGACUCGAGCCUUCGGAUGUCGCCACUUUGGUCUAUCACCAAAAAGAUUCGUUUAACUAUAAAUAUGAGAGCGCGUACAGAUCCAUGGUUUUCAGAUUUCCUUUUAAGGGUCAGUGAUGGAGAAGAAGAGGUGAUUGACGACAGCUUUAUUUGCAUACCUGAUGAGAUGACCAUCCCGUACAGUGCUGAGUCCGAGACCAGAUCUAAAGAGGACUUAAUAAGUGCCAUAUUCCCGUCCAUUGAAGUGAAUGGGAGUUCUUCAGAGUACAUAGUUUCCAGGGCAAUACUGUCAACAAAAAAUGAAAAUGUCGAUGAGAUAAAUGAUGAGUUGAUCGAUAGAUUUUGUGGGCAGGAGCAAAUAUAUUACAGCUUUGAUGAGGCGGAAGACGAUGUUAACAACUACUAUCCGGUUGAAUUCUUAAACUCUCUUACUGUUGCUGGUUUGCCCCCUCAUGGUCUACGGCUCAAAAUUGGGUGCCCAGUUAUACUAUUACGUAACAUCGAUCCAUCCAACGGGCUUUGUAACGGGACACGGUUGAUAUGCAGAGGUUUUCAACGAAAUGUCAUCGAUGCGGAAAUAGCAGUUGGUCAGCAUGCCGGUAAAAGAGUUUUCUUACCCAGAAUACCCCUGUGUCCCUCUGAGAAUGAUAUGUACCCCUUUAAGUUGAAAAGAAAACAGUUCCCGAUUCGACUUAGCUUCGCGAUGACGAUAAACAAGGCCCAAGGCCAGACAGUUCCACACGUCUGUGUUUAUCUACCUGAAUCGGUAUUCUCACACGGACAACUCUAUGUGGCCCUGUCUAGAGGGAUAUCGCGCGAAAGGGUGAAGGUUUUGGUUAGGCCUACCCAAAUUUUCCAUCAACCCGGUGUAUACACCGCAAAUGUGGUUUACAGAGAAGUUUUAUGCCCAUUUCUGCACUUCCUCCAUCUACCAUUUAAUUCUCAUUCCGUGAGGCUUGCCAAUUAUAUAUCAGUUUUGAUUUACAACUACUAUCCGGUUGAUUUGGAUAUAUCGACUACAGUUGUAACAGGUUGUCUACCAGUUUACAAUGCUUCUCUAGGGUUACAGGAAUUUGUUUGUACACUUCAGAAUUUGUUUGUGAAAAAACGGUUUACCUUUGAUGGUUGCAGGUGGUGCGAGGAAAGUGAAACGAUGGCACGACUUUUCUUCAAACCCUCAUAUCCUUGGUCACACGGGGGAUCUCCAGUACCUGAUUCUGCCAUAAAGGCAUCUGAUGGACGCGCUCCAGUUGCAGUCAUUGGCGUUCCAAACCCACCCAGUCCUGCUUUGAACCCGGUUGCUGCAUCUUCUCCACCGCGUGUCCUACCAUCCUACAGUGGAUAUCCUCCACCUCGCGGCCCGCAUGUGCUUGGCUGGGAGGAGUACACCCGUCAAGUUGAUCGUGCGAGAGUUUUUGAUGAGCUUUAUUUUCAAAUCAAUGAUGAUAUCAAGUUAAUGGAAGAUCGUUUGAACGAGCUCAACUCGAUUUUUCAAAGGAUUUGUAACAUCCCAAACUUUUAA